AUGCCCCCUAAGAGGAAGCGUGCCAAUGAUGGUCAAAACGCCGAUGACGGCGCGCGCAACAAGCGAUAUGCCUAUAUGAAGCCCCAAGUUCGCCAGGUCUCAGAGAAAACCAUCAAAUCCAAGUGGUCCACGCUCCCAGAGCCCGCUCAAGACAAGGUCCGGGACAUGUUUCGCUCCCUUGAGCGCCCGGUCAUAGUGCGACACCAAAAUGAGCGCAGGCGCAUUGAAGCGCAAGCGGCCGUCCAGGUUGUGGUGAAAAAUCUAGGAAAGCGGUUACCUAGAAUGCCAUUCCCGCCAAUUGCCAAAGAUUCGGUUUUCGAAUAUGAGGCGGCGCUGAAAGAACACUCUUCCUUAGAGGCCAAUUUGGCCACGGUGAAGGAUAGUACGGAACUUCUGAAGGCCGAGGCCGACCGAGAAGAAGCUUUACUUGCAAAGGAGAAAAAGCAACUCCAGGAGAUGGAGAAGAACGCCAAGCGAGCGGAAAUGGAGACGAAGCGACAAAUGAAAAAUGAACAUCCCGUCCUACGCAAAUUGAACGAUGCCCCUAGCACGGAGCACCGGAUACUAGCGGAUCUCAAAAUUGCCGGCGAGAAGAACCCUCAGCUAACAUUUGAUGGGCUUGAGGAUGAUCCUGAUACAUUCGACCUGUUGAAACAACUAAGCGGCCACCUGAACUCAAUCCAAAAUAAUAUCACGCCCCUAAACGGACUUGCGGAUGCAAUCACCCGAUCGCAAAUCGCCCUGAGCCUGACCUCUAUGCCCCAAGACUGA